AUGAAGCUCCACAUAAGUUCCCUAUGUUUUUCACUUGUUUUAUCUUUGAUGUUAUUACCUCCUUUGUCAUCUGCAACAUAUCAAAAAUUGAGUGAAGGAUCAUCUCUUUCCGUGGAGAAUCCCAGAGAUAUUUUAGUGUCACCAAAUGGCACUCUCUCAGCUGGCUUUUUCCCUGUCGGCGACAAUGCUUAUGCUUUUGCAGUAUGGUUCAGCAAACCAACUUGCGUCGUUCACAAUUGCACCGUCGUUUGGAUGGCCAAUCGUGACCAACCAGUUAACGGAAGGCGCUCAAAGCUGUCGUUGUUAGGAACCGGCAAUGUAAUCGUAACUGAUGCUGCUCAGUUCAAUGUUUGGGCCACAGGCACUGCUUCGCUGUCCACGGUGCAGUUGCAGGUCAAUGACUACGGUAAUCUUCUUCUGAGUAAUUCCCAGGGUACUACUUUAUGGCAGAGCUUUGAUUCUCCUACAGAUACCCUUCUUCCUCUACAAUCACUCACCAGAUACACAGCACUCGUCUCCAAAAGAAGAAAAGGCAACUAUUCCUCUGGUUUCUAUAAGCUGUUUUUCGAUGAUGAUAAUGUUCUCCGUCUCCUUUUUGAUAGUAGUGAGAUUUCAAGCGUUUAUUGGCCUGGUUCGUGGCUUGUUAGCUGGGAAGCAGGAAGAUCCACAUACAACAGUAGGAGAAAUGCGAUGAUCGAUUCCUUUGGCAAUUUUAGUUCAAGUGAUGACUUAAUUUUUAGGUCUGCGGAUUAUGGUGCAAGUUGGAUCCAGAGAAGAUUGACCAUUGAUGUUGAUGGUAACCUUCGAUUGUACAGCAGCGAAGAAAGGGAUGAAACAUGGGUUGUUUCAUGGCAAGCUAUAAGUCAGCCAUGCACGAUUCAUGGCCUUUGUGGGGAAAACAGUCUCUGUGGCUACGCUCCGUGUACUGGGAGGAAAUGCUCUUGCCCUGAAGGAUACAGGGUGAAGAACCAAACUGAUUGGUCUUACGGUUGCGAACCAGAAUUCGACGUUUCCCUCAAUGCUAGUGAGUUUAGUUUUAUACAUCUUCGUAAUGCUGAAAUUUAUGGCUAUGAUAUUGCAAUUUUUAACAAUAAAACCUUAAAGGAGUGUGAAGCUGCAUGCUUGCAGACGGUCAACUGUAAAGGUUUUCAAUAUAAUUUCAAUGGUAAUGGUUUCUAUGAUUGUUUCCCUAAGGCGCAAUUGCGUAAUGGGCAGCAAACACCAGGCUUCAAUGGAGAUAUCUAUAUAAAGCUGCCCAAAGCAUAUACCUCGUACAACAACAAAAUGCCUUUCAAGGAAAUCAGUUUAGAUUGCCCCAAAAAUGGUACUAUUAUGCUGGAAAGAAGUUAUGCUAAGAGCCAAGAAAAUGGGAUAGUGAAGUUCAUGCUCUGGUUUGCGAGUGCAUUGGGAGGAGUUGAGCUUAUUUCCAUCUUGGUUUGGUGGUUAACUAGCGCCAGUCAAGAGAAGAAUAUUGUAGCUAAAGAAGGCUACCUUCUCGCAGCAGGUGGGUUCAAGAGAUUCACAUUUGACAAGCCAAAAGAGGCAACGCAAAACUUCAAUGAAGAAACUGGAAGAGGAGGAGGAGGUAUUGUGUAUAAAGGCAUGCUACCUGAUUGUAGAGUUGCAGCAGUCAAGCGACUGAAUGAAGCACAUCAAGGAGAAGCUGAGUUCCUUGCAGAAGUAAACACCAUCGGGAAGCUUAAUCACAUGAACUUGAUUGAAAUGUGGGGAUUAUGCGCAGAGAAAAAGCACAGGCUCCUAGUUUAUGAGUACAUGGAGCAUGGAUCCUUAGCAGAAAACAUCUCUUCCCAUGAACUUGACUGGCAAAAGAGGUAUGAUAUCGCCUUGGGCACUGCAAAAGGCCUAGCUUACCUACAUGAUGAGUGCUUGGAGUGGGUCUUGCAUUGUGAUGUAAAGCCCCAAAACAUACUUCUGGACUCCGGCUACCAACCCAAGGUGUCGGAUUUCGGCCUAUCUAAGCUCCUUGACAGAGGUAAGCUCUACAAUUCUAGCUUCUCAAAAUACAUGGGUCCCGAGUGGGCUUUCAAUCGUCCCAGUACAUCCAAAGUAGAUGUUUACAGCUACGGCGUCGUCGUGUUGGAAAUGGUGACUGGAAUGAGCCCAACAAAAGGGAUCCAGUUCGUAGAUAGUAUUGCUGAAGGGGAGUUGGAAUACAGGUCAGUAACUUGGGUCAAGGAAAAGAAGAAAGGAUCAAAUUCAAUGGAAUCGUGGAUAGCAGAAAUUCUAGACCCCAUGUUGGAAGGCAAUUAUGAUGAGCAAAAGAUGGAAACUCUGGUUGAAGUGGCCUUUCAUUGCGUCCAGGAAGACAGAGAUGCAAGGCCCACCAUGAGUCAAGUGGUCGAGAGGCUUGUUCAUCACAUAGAAAAUGAAAACUAG